CUUUCGAUGAAUUCUGUCGAUUCUGUCGAAUCUUGAAUCAUUGUGCGAACGCACCACUCUUCACUUGGACAGUUCGAUCGAUGCCUUUGCUUGCUGGGAAUUUAGCAAGCGGGAUGUGCAGCAGAUAUCUAGUCGGAAUGUGUUACCUCAUCGCCUACAUUAUUCCGCGCGCGCGGCGCUUUGUUCCUUACGCCCUUCCCUCUUACCUCGUUUCCUCUCCCUUUACUUCUUCACAUUUCCCUGCACCAUGCCCCAGAAUCUUGCUUCCUCGCCGGAGAGCGCCCGAAAGGAGCGCGGUGGAUAUCACAAGUUUUCGUGUCAAUCGUGCUACGAUUCAUCGCCGGUGUAACCGAGAUUGGAACAACGACGCGAAAUGCUCAAACUGCGAUACCUUGGGGACUCCAUGCCUCAGACGGGAACGCAACUCUGGGUCCCAUGAGUCCGGCUCGAGAAAUCAGGACAAUACUGCUGGUACUUCAACCAGGUCUGAGGUGCAUUCAGCAAUCAGAAUCGUCGUGCUCGGCAGCAACAAUAUUCUCCCAAACAUGAUACCGCACAGGAAAUAUCCCAAGGCAUCUCCGAAGUGAACCAUCAUAUCCCUGGUAUCCUCGGCGAGGGAAUAUCCACAGAAGGCUUAAGGAAUCAACUCAGCAAUGAUGAGCGCGUUAGUCCAAUGCUCGACCGAGUCCUUCGCCUUUUUGGAGCUAGCUCCGCGAAAGCAAACGGGCCCAGAGAAAGGGUGCUCCUGGAUGAGGCUAAGCAAGCUUAUGGUUUGGAGUCCGAGGAGCCCACUCUGGCUACCAUCAAGGCCACGUUCCUGUUAUCAUCAUGGUUGUCCGAGUGGAAGCCUGUAUAUGGUGAAUAUGGUUUAUGGAUUUGAACGCCCUAACAUUUCUCACUCCCAUCCCUCACAGCGGAAAAUUUGCUAGGCAAGUGGUUUUGCUCGCUGUAUGUGCGUUAGCACGUUGCUGAUAGAGUGCU